UUCAGCGCAGUCGCAUCCGAGAGCCAGAUAAGCUGAGCCGGCAGCAUGUGGAACGCGACGCCGAGCGAGGAGCCGGGACCCAACCUCACGCUGCCGGACCUCGGCUGGGACGCUUCCCCCGACAACGACUCGCUGGCGGAGGAGCUGCUGCCGCUCUUCCCCGCGCCUCUCCUGGCGGGUGUCACUGCCACCUGCGUGGCGCUCUUCGUGGUGGGCGUCGCGGGUAACCUGCUCACCAUGCUGGUGGUGUCGCGCUUCCGCGAGAUGCGUACCACCACCAACCUCUACCUGUCCAGCAUGGCCUUCUCCGACCUACUCAUCUUCCUCUGCAUGCCCCUCGACCUCGUCCGCCUCUGGCAGUACCGGCCCUGGAACUUCGGCGACCUGCUCUGCAAACUCUUCCAGUUCGUCAGCGAGAGCUGCACCUACGCCACGGUGCUCACCAUCACCGCGCUGAGCGUCGAGCGCUACUUCGCCAUCUGUUUCCCGCUGCGGGCCAAAGUGGUGGUCACCAAGGGCCGGGUGAAGCUGGUCAUCCUGGUCAUCUGGGCCGUGGCCUUCUGCAGCGCCGGGCCCAUCUUCGUGCUGGUGGGGGUGGAGCAUGAGAACGGCACCGACCCUCAGGACACCAACGAGUGCCGCGCCACCGAGUUCGCCGUGCGCUCCGGACUGCUCACAGUCAUGGUGUGGGUGUCCAGCGUCUUCUUCUUCCUGCCUGUCUUCUGCCUCACUGUGCUCUACAGUCUCAUCAGCAGGAAGCUGUGGCGGAGGAAGCGCGGCGAGGCGGCGGUGGGCGCCUCGCUCCGGGACCAGAACCACAAGCAAACCGUGAAAAUGCUGGCUGUAGUGGUGUUUGCGUUCAUCCUCUGCUGGCUGCCCUUCCACGUAGGGCGAUAUUUAUUUUCCAAAUCCUUUGAGCCUGGCUCCCUGGAGAUUGCUCAGAUCAGCCAAUACUGCAACCUCGUGUCCUUUGUUCUCUUCUACCUCAGUGCUGCCAUCAAUCCGAUUCUGUACAACAUCAUGUCCAAGAAGUACCGGGUGGCAGUGUUCAAACUGCUGGGAUUCGCACCCUUCUCCCAGAGGAAGCUCUCCACUCUGAAGGAUGAAAGUUCUCGGGCCUGGACAGAAUCUAGUAUUAAUACGUGA